AUGAACGUAAUAUUGAGUAUAGACCAAAGCACUCAGUCCACGAAACUGAUUUUUUUCGAUGAAGAACUGAAUGUGCUGCAUACAAAUAGCCUGAACCACGAGCAAAAAUGUUUCAAGCCAGGGUGGUACGAACAUGACCCCGUGGAAAUAAUAAAUAAUCUGUACACACUGAUGAAUGAUGGUUUGAAGGCUCUUAAGGAAAAGCACAAAGAGGUCGUCAUAAAAUGUAUAGGAAUUACAAACCAGAGGGAGACGGUAAUAAUAUGGGAUAAACUUACAGGCAAACCUUUAUACAAUGCCAUUGUGUGGCUAGACACCCGAGUAGAAGAUAUCGUUGCUGAGUUUUCGAAGAAGUAUAAUAAUGAUUAUUUUCAGAAAAAAACGGGAACCUAUUUUAACACCUAUUUUAGUGCGUUUAAAAUUUUAUGGCUCAUUCAGAACAAUGCAGAAAUUAAGAAAAAAGUGGAGGACGGAUCGGCUAUCAUAGGUAACAUAAACACUUGGCUGAUCUAUAAUUUGACAAAUGGGAAUAGUUACACAGAUGUGACGAAUGCAUCUAGAACCCUUCUGAUGAAUAUAAAAACGUUAGAGUGGGAUGAAGAAUUGUGCAAAAUGUUUGGCAUAACAAAUAUGUCUGUUCUUCCAGAAAUAAAAUGUAACACUUUCCAUUUUGGUUCGGUAAAAUGUGAACAAGUACCAGACUAUGCGGGGGUGCCAAUUACUGGGUGCAUUGGAGAUCAACAAAGUGCAUGUAUAGGACAAGCUAUUUUUGAUGAAGGGGAAGCCAAAUGUACGUACGGCACUGGUGUUUUUUUACUUAUUAAUACAGGGUAUAAAGUGGUGUACUCUUCCUGCGGUUUAAUUACAACGGUUUGUUACAAAUUUAAUGAAAAUGAUCAGGCGAAAUAUGCGUUAGAAGGUUCCAUAGGUACGGCUGGUUCUGGUGUAUCCUGGUUGGUGAAGAACAAUUUAAUUUCUCAUCCUAGUGAAGCUAGCUAUAUUAUGGAAAACUGUGAAGAUACAGGAGGGGUCGUGUUUGUGCCAGCUUUCAGCGGUUUGUAUGCCCCCAGGUGGAGAUCAGAUGCCAGGGCAUGUAUAACCGGUAUGACAUUCAACACAGAGAGGAAGCACAUUGUUAGGUCAUUGCUGGAGGGUAUCGUUUUUCAGCUGAACGAAAUUGUAUACUCACUCCUCUCAGACAUGGGCAUAGAAAUGCUUCAUGUUUUACGGUGCGAUGGAGGAAUGACGAAAAAUAAGGCAUUCAUGCAGUUCAACUCGGAUAUCAUAAACACAAAAAUAGAAGUGUCCAAAUAUUCAGAAGUUACUGCAGUGGGGGCUGCCGUGCUGGCUGGGCUGGGCGUGAAAAUAUGGAAAGAUUUAGAUUCCGUUAAAAGCUUAAUACGUAAUAGCGAUUCUACGUUUAAUGCUAAAAUGGAUGAAAAGAAUAGGAAGAAGAAAAUUUCAGAGUGGGACAAGGCAGUCGAGAGGUCACUCCUGCAGAUGUAG